AGAAGGCGGAAGCGCAUUCUUCCAUUCGCCUUUCUCCUCCACUUGCUUCAGGAAAACCCCACUGCACCAAGAGAGCUUCAGCCACAAGAGACCCAAAAAUUCAGAGGGCAGGAGCAGCAGAAAUACCGCGGCCAGCUUCAUCGCGCGCCCUGAAGGAUCAACGCCAGCCGAUCGUCCCCCGAGAUGGCGAGCACGUACAAAGCAGCCGAUGAGCCUCCUGCUUCCAACUCCUCCGGCUACCGGAAAGACAAAGUCCGCCGCAAGAAGCUGACGGCGCAGAAGAGGAAGGAGAUCAAAGAGGCGUUCGACCUCUUCGACAUCGACGGCUCAGGCACCAUCGAUGCGAGGGAGCUCAACGUUGCGAUGAGAGCCCUGGGAUUCGAGAUGACACCGGAGCAAAUCAACCAGAUGAUCGCGGAGGUGGACAAGGACGGCAGCGGCACCAUCGACUUCGACGAGUUCGUGCACAUGAUGACGGACAAGAUGGGCGAGCGGGACGCCCGGGACGAGCUCUUCAAGGCCUUCCGCAUCAUCGACCAGGACCGCAACGGCAAGAUCUCCGACAUCGACAUCCAGCGGCUGGCCAUCGAGACCGGCGAGCACUUCACCAUCGACGAGGUCAGGGAGAUGAUAGAGGCCGCCGACGAGAACGGUGACGGCGAGAUCGACCUGGAGGAGUUCAUGAAGAUGAUGAAGCGGACGAACCUCGUGUCUGGGUUUUAAUCCCAUCAUUGGAUUGUUCCUACCUUUCCUCAGUGAACACGGUACCUAGAUGGAAGCUGCAAGACAUACUUAUGUGACCAUAGCGUAGUGUAGUUGCACGUAUAUAUACGGUGCAUGUACCUUGUCUUAUAGGAGUAUUUAUGUAUAUAUAUGUAUUAAGCCAUAUGUAUUGACUAGUGAAGAAGGCUCAAAUAUCGAUUCUAUAACGAGCAAAUAAAGCACGAAUAAAAACAACGAAAAUGCAGGGGAAAACUACUGGGCCAAACGGCCCAUGGCACUCGAAGCCGAUCUUGGGCCACUUAACUUUUGUUGUUGGCUAUUGCAGAACAAAUGGCCUAUGUAAUACUAGUACCUGAUCAUUUUGUAUUUU